AUGCGGGGCCUGGCGUGUCUGCUAGUGCUGGCUGGUCUUGCAUCUGCACAGCAGCAACAGCCACUAUCGGCACCCCCCAAACCUAAUGUUAUCUUCAUCUUGACCGAUGACCAGGAUGCCCAUCUCGAUUCUUUAGACUACAUGCCCUUUGUACAGAAACAUCUAAUUGACAAAGGAACCCAUUAUCGCAGCCACUAUUGCACAACCAGCGUUUGUUGUCCAUCCCGAGUCACCCUCUGGACUGGGAAGUUGGCCCACAACACGAACGUGACCGAUGUCAAUCCUCCAUACGGUGAGCCCUCCUACUCCUUCAAUAGAUGCGUGCUUGCUAAAUAUCUGCCAGGAGGCUAUCCCAAAUUUAUCUCACAAGGCUUCAACGAGAACUAUCUUCCGGUCUGGCUGCAGGAAGCGCAGUACAACACCUAUUACACCGGAAAGUUGUUCAACGUGCAUACGGUCGACAACUACAACACGCCAUUUGCAGCUGGAUUCACAGGAUCUGACUUUCUCCUUGAUCCGUUCACGUACGACUAUCUCAACAGCACCUUUCAACGGGACCGUGAAAUACCCCGGAGCUACGAGGGCGAGUACACCACCGAUGUCCUAGCACAGAAGGCAAACCGUCUCCUUGACGAGGCUGUUGACGCUCAAAACCCCUUUUUCCUCACUAUUGCUCCCAUUGCGCCUCAUAGCAACGUCUUUAUGGACGGAACCGGGCUAGAUGACAAUCCGGUUUUCAGUUUCAGUGCGCCCAUCUCUGCAAAGAGACAUGAGCAUCUGUUCAAGGACGUGCAAGUUCCCCGUACUCCCUCCUUUAAUCCUGAACAGCCAUCAGGAGCGAACUGGAUCAAGACCUUAAAGCGCCAAAACGAGACGAACGUCGAGUACAACGAUCACUUCUAUCGCACUCGCCUACGUGCUCUCCAGGCCGUUGAUGAGAUGAUCGACGGCAUAUUCGCCCGCUUGCAGCUACACAAUAUUCUUGAUAAUACAUAUGUUGUCUACAGCAGCGACAAUGGCUACCACAUCGGUCAACACAGACUCCAACCGGGCAAGUCAUGCGGAUACGAGGAGGACAUAAACAUACCCUUGAUUGUUCGCGGCCCCGGUAUUGCCGAAAAUGCUACCACCGAUAUUGUGACGACGCAUACCGAUCUUGCUCCAACCUUCCUUCAGUUGCUAGGCAUCCCUCUUCGACCCGAUUUCGAUGGCGAACCCAUCCCUCUGACGCAGGGACAAAUUGAAGAUGUGCGCGAAGAUAGACAAGAGCAUGUCACCAUUGAGUAUUGGGGGUUUGCAGCCGGGGAGGGUAUCUAUGAUUUCGAUUUGUCUGCCUACAACAAUACGUACAAAGCUCUCCGAAUCAAAGGAGAUGGAUAUAACCUCUACUAUUCAGUUUGGUGCAAUAAUGAGCACGAGCUCUAUGAUAUGACGACCGACCCUUACCAACUGCACAACCUGCUCUCGACCGAAGACAAAGAACAUUUGCCUUCUCAUAAGAUUCUAGACACCGAUCUCGCGAAAGUUGUCCCUAGACUCGACUCGCUGCUCUUUGUCCUCAAGUCAUGUAAGGGCCAAGUAUGCGUCAAGCCGUGGAAAGCACUGCAUUCCCGCGGCGAGGUGAUAACGUUGAAAGAUGCUUUACAUGCGCGGCACGACAACUUCUACGAGGUGGAGCAGACGAUAAAAGUUAGAUUUGAGGAAUGCGCACGCGGGUAUCUUCUCGAUGCCGAGGGGCCUCAGUUCGAUGAAGGGAAAAUGGCUCUUCGGGAUGGAUUGCCGUGGUAUGAAUGGAUUUAA